AUGGCUCUCACUCUGAUACUCUUCCUCUCCAUCCUCUUCCCCUCUGUGCUGCCAGUGAGUAAAGUAGCUGUACAGAGUGGAAGAUCUGUCACCAUCCCAUGUCUCUAUGAUAGAGAAUAUGACUAUCACGUGAAAUACUGGUGUCAUGGGUCAAACUGGAAUUUUUGUAAAACUGUAGUACGCACUGACUCUCCUAAACGUACUGGUAAAACAUCAAUCACUGAUGACCCCACCCAUCAUGUCUUCACUGUUACCAUGACAACGCUGACAACCUGGGACUCUGGAUGUUACUGGUGUGCUGUAGAGAUCCAGCGUGCUACAGAUAAGGGAGCAUAUCUGUACCUGUCAGUCACUGCAGGGCCUCCUGGCCUCUGGGUUGAGCAGCAGGAGGUGGCCGGUGUGGAAGGGGGCUCUGUCAGUGUGCCGUGUCACUAUAAUGAAAAAAGCAGCAUGAAGAAGUGGUGCAGGAUAGAGGGCUCCUGUGUGGAAGUGAAUUCCGGUGAAUCUGGAAGAUCAGAUAUGAAAGAUGACCACUCUAAAAAGGUCUUCACUGAGAUGGUGAGGGAGCUGAAAUUUGAGGACCCAGGCUGGUAUUGGUGUGCUGCUGGAGAACUACAGAUCCCUGUUCACCUCACUGUCACUCAGAAAACUACAACUACCACAGUCACCACACAGGGAGUCCAGCCUCACACAGGAGCAAGAGAGGACCGGAGCAACAAGCUGACGACUCUGAAGAUGAAGUGA